AUGAACCAUUUCCCCCAAGCAUGGGGUCGUCCCAGGGAUGACAUCUACGGCCCAUACGACUCUUCGCACCUGCACUCCUCAUUACCACAAACCCAUACCCAAUCUCCCGCCGUAACCGGAACCUCAGUACUGGGCGUCAAGUUCAAAGACGGCGUCGUGAUCGCGGCGGAUAAUCUCGCCUCCUACGGAUCGCUCGCACGCUUCACCGAUGUCAAGCGCCUGCGCACCUUCGCCGGCAGCUCGAUCAUCGGCUUCGGCGGCGACGUCUCCGACAUGCAGUACCUGGACCGACUAUUACAGUCUCUCGAUAUCCGCGAAAACUACUCCAGUCACGGUCACACGCUGAAUGCGAAAAACCUGCACACGUAUUUGGCCAAGAUCUUCUACAAGCGGCGCUCGGACUUCAACCCGCUGUGGAACAACGUCCUCGUCGCGGGUCUGGAUGAGGAAGGGAAACCGUUCCUCAGCCAGGCGGAUCUGCUCGGGACGACGUACAGCGCGCCGACGCUGGCGACCGGGUUCGGCGCGCAUCUGGCGCAGCCGCUGUUGCGGCGCUUGGUGCCUGAGGAUGAGGGCAGUGUUAAAAAUGUGACGAGGGAGAUGGCGGUUGAUGCGGUCAAGGAGUGUAUGAAGGUGCUGUUCUACCGGGAUGCGAGGAGUAGUGAUCGGUAUAGCAUUGCGGUUGUGACCAAGGAGGGCGGGAUCGAGAUGAAGGAGGAUGAGAAGCUGGAGGGGCAGAGUUGGGCGUUUGCCGAUAUGAUCAGGGGCUAUGGGACGCAGGUUAAUUGA